UUUUUACUAAUUAUUUUGGAUAUUUUGGUGGUACAACUUUAACUUUUUAAUAACUAUGUGUGUCAUCUAUACGUUUGAGUAUUUAUUUCCUCUAACACAAUUUUCAAACUAUGUGAUGCCUAUUUGUCCCCCCAAUUUGGAAUUUCUGGCUCCGCCACUGUUAAAAAUGUAUAAAACAAUUCAAAACUUUUUCUAUUAUUUGAUCUUUAUCUGUUUUACUUUAUAAGAGACAUCGUUCGAGUCAAUAACUACUUAAUUAAUUGAAAUACAUGCAUCAAUCCAAUUGUUUAGUCUUAUCAUACCUUUUACGAGUACGUGUUUGGACGACUUCACCAAUCCGAACUUUUUUCGCCUUGUAACAUGCCUACACCAAGAUAGAUGUUGUUAGUGUAGGCUCGAUACAAAGUGCAUUGCGCAACAUUGCGUUAAAAAUACCAUGAGGAGGCCUCCGAAACAAAACCUCUUCAAUAUCAACAUUUCCCGCCAUUUACAUCGACAAAAGGUGUCAUUUUUUCAUACUGAACCCCAAAAAAUCAUCAAUCAAUUUCAAUACUCUAAAGAUUUGAAUUUUGUGCAAUCAACCCAUUCUAAGCUUUUCAAAUCUGGGUUCUUAAAUCAAACUUUUUACACCAAUCAUCUCAUCAAUGCAUAUAUUAGAUGUAAGAAUGUUAAUAAUGCACACCAACUGUUCGACGAAAUGCUUGACCCAAACACCAUUUCUUGGACUUCACUCAUGGGGGGUUAUACUGCAGCUAAACAGCCUAAUAUGGCUGUUUGGCUCUUUGCAAAAAUGCCCAAAAACAUUGUGUUUCCUAACGCCUUUACGCUUUCGACUGUCGUGAAUGCUUGUUCUGUUCUUGCUGAUGUAAAAGCAGGGAAACUGGUUCAUGCUUUUGUUGAAGUUUAUGGUUAUCAGACAAAUCUUAUUGUUUGUGCUUCAUUGGUUGACAUGUAUGGGAAAUCAAAUGAUUUGGGUUCUGCUAGACGGGUUUUCGAUUCGAUGGUUGAGAGAAAUGUUGUGCCUUGGACUUCAAUGAUAGUGGGUUAUGCACAAAAUGCUCAAGUGUAUGAAGCACUAAAGCUUUUCAGGGAAUUUAGCCGAGUUGCAGAUGAUCCGCCGAAUCAGUAUAUGCUGUCUAUUGUUGUUAAUGCGUGUGCGAGCUUAGGAAGGCUGGUAUAUGGAAAGGUCACACAUGCUGCAGUAGUUAAAAGAGGGCAUGAAUCAAAUGAAGUUGUUGCUACUGCACUCGCCGAUAUGUAUGCUAAAUGUGGAUGCUUCGAAUCCUCUCUUAAGGUGUUUAGGAGAAUGCUUAAUUCUUGUCUUAUAUCAUAUACUUCUAUGAUCAUGUCUGCUGCAAAGCACGGGCUUGGAGAGGUGUCGCUUGAGCUCUUCGAAGAAAUGAUCCUCAAAGGAAUAAAGCCAACUGAUGUCACAUAUCUUGGCAUCUUGUAUGCUUGCAGCCAUUCAGGACUUGUAGACAGAGGCCUUGAGCUCUUGAACUCGAUGCAAGCAGAACACGGUGUUAUCCCUGAUGUGAAGCACUAUACUUGUGUUGUUGACAUGCUCGGAAGAAGAGGCCGUUUGGAUGAGGCUUACCGAUUGGCAAAGACCAUAGAGUUAAGACACGAUAGUGAAGGUGCUCUCUUGUGGGGCUCCCUUCUCUCGGCUAGUAAGCUUCAUGGAAGAUUGGAUAUUGCAGAUGAAGCUAGUAAGUGGUUAAUAGAAGCUAAGCAACAAGUAGACACUGCUUAUGUCUCAAUGUCAAACAUUCAUGUUUUGACUGGCAACUGGGAUGACUCUCAGAGUAUUCGUUCAGAAAUGAAACGCGUAGGAGUAAGAAAGGAGCCUGGUUGCAGCUGGGUCGAAAUCAAAGAUUCAGUCUAUGUAUUCUAUGCUCGAGAUGUCUCUUCAUGUCCGAGAGGCAUGGAGGUGUUGGAAUUGUUGAAGGACUUGGAGAACAGGAUGAAGGAACGAGGUUACAUUGGAGGAAGCAAAGGGUUGGUGUUUGUUGAUGUAGAAGACGAAUCGAAAGAGGAAAUUGUGAACUUACAUAGUGAAAGGCUUGCCUUAGGUUUUAGUUUAUUAAGCAUACCUAAAGGAGAAACCAUAAGAAUCAUGAAAAACUUAAGGAUGUGUGGAGAUUGCCAUGAAGCUUUUAAGCUCAUUAGUAGCAUAGUUGAGAGAGAUUUUGUAGUGCGAGAUGUAAAUAGAUUCCAUCAUUUUAAAAAUGGAUCUUGUAGUUGCAAAGAUUAUUGGUAACAAAAUGAUACUCUUUACAUUGAAAUAAAAACUUCUCGUUUCCUUUUCU